AAAUCUACGUGCAAAAUGGCUGCGCAGGUCGGUUUGGUUCGCGUAAAAGUAGAAGAAAAGGUGAGAGACAGCCUGGAUAAAACAACCAAAGAGAAGAAAAAGAAGAAAAAAAGGGAGUGCUCUCCUUCCGUCGAUAAGAGGCCCGAGAAAGAGGCAAAGAAAGUAAAGUUGCAUCACCAUCACCACCAUCUACACGUUCAACAACGGAUACACCAGCCGCAUCAACAACAACAACAACAACAGCAAAAUUCUCAACCCCGUAGCUUUAGUUCGGAACAGGCACCAUUGCAACGUCACCAUCAUCACCAUCACCACCACGGCGUUAAGAAAGAAUCCUUACUCGGCGGCCCCCCACGGAAGGUGGCUCCGUCGCAACUCGAGCAGAAACCGCUUCCUCCGGUCCUGCCGCCAGUCCAGCCUGGGCUGUUCACUUUCACUCCGCUCAAAGUCGCUAAGGCCAAGACCCACAACAACAAGGAGAAACACUGCGACAAAGACCUGAAACUCAAGCCCAAGAAAGAAAAUACCGAGGCCAACGUGAAAGCAGGACUAAGCAAGAAAAAGAAAGAGGCUCGCGAUGAGAAUGGCAAAACGCAGGCCGUGGACGAAUUCUUGUUGAAGAAGAAGAAGAAGAAAAGGAAGCACCGCGAGGAUGAGCGGGGCAAGCGGCUCAAGAUGUAUCACAAGGAGGUGCAGACCGUGUGUGCCGGCCUGACGGAGGACCUGCCCCCGACCCUGCCCCCGGGCGACCCCACCCUGACUUACCUGAAGGACGAGGAGCGCUGUCAGGCCGGCUCGGAUGUGGACGAGUACCGCACACCCAGAGGCGUCCAGACGCCCUUCCUGUCCCACCAGGACCACUCCAUCCGGAGCUCCUUCCUGCAGACGGGCUCGCGGUAUGGCCGGCUCAUCCACGAGGAGCGGCAGGCCAACGGCGGCGCCGCCGUCCUGCACGCGUACGCCGACGAGCUCUCCUUCCUGCCGCCGGGCGAGAUGGAGCGCUUCGCCCAGGAGUUCCUGCAGCUGGCCUUCGACGAGUGCCCCCGGGGCGCCGCCCGCUACGCCCUGGCCGUGGUGCACGGAGCUGCCUCCUACCUGCCCGACUUCCUCGACUACUUCGCCUUCAACUUCCCCAGCACGCCUGUCAAGAUGGAGAUCCUGGGCAAGAAGGACAUCGAGACCACCACUAUCGCCAACUUCCACUCUCAGGUGAAUCGCACUUACUGCUCUGGGACGUACCGGGCUGGUCCCAUGCGACAGAUCAGCCUGGUCGGGGCCGUCGACGAGGAAGUGGGCGAUUAUUUCCCAGAGUUCCUGGACAUGCUGGAGGAAUCCCCCUUCCUGAAGAUGACUCUGCCCUGGGGCAGUCUGUCCAGCCUGAAGCUGGAGUGCCGUUCCCAGAGUGACGAUGGACCCAUUAUGUGGGUUCGGCCAGGGGAGCAGAUGGUGCCCACUGCCGACAUGCCCAAGUCCCCGUUCAAACGACGCAGGUCGAUGAAUGAGAUCAAGAACCUCCAUUAUCUGCCGAGGACCAGCGAGCCGCGGGAGGUCCUGUUUGAGGACCGGACACGUGCACACGCCGAUCACGUGGGGCAGAGCUUUGACUGGCAAAGUACAGCGGCGGUCGGGGUGCUGAAGGCUGUGCAGUUCGGCGAGUGGAGCGACCGGCCCCGGAUAACCAAAGAUGUGGUCUGUUUCCACGCAGAAGACUUCAGCGACGUGGUCCAGAGGCUUCAGCUAGACCUCUAUGAGCCACCUGUGUCCCAGUGUGUUCAGUGGGUGGACGACGCCAAACUGAACCAGCUUCGGCGGGAGGGGAUCCGCUACGCCCGGGUGCAGCUGUGCGAUGACGACAUCUACUUCAUCCCCCGCAACGUCAUCCACCAGUUCAAGACCGUGUCGGCCGUCUGCAGCCUGGCCUGGCACAUCCGCCUCAAGCAGUACCACCCCGCGGAGGAGGACAAGCCCUCCGAUCAGAGCUGUGCCCAGGACUCCGCCCGCUCCGACACCAAAGUGCCCCUCUGCCGCCAGCCGCAGGCAGAGACUGCCCCGGAGGCUGCUGCAAAGGUAGAGGAGACUGUGUUCCAAAGGCCAGCCACUCCUCCUCGAGAGCCUCCGGCUGCCGCUGCCCCGCUGCCGGCUAGGUCCGCCCCCCUCGCUCCUCCUCACAAAGAGCCUGACCCAGUCUCUGCCUCCUCUGGCCCAGCUCCGCCCCCAGGAUUACCCACGCACCCACAGGCCCCUACCCAGUCGGGCCCAGACUGCCCACCUCUACAUUGUGAGCCCCAAUACCGACCAACAGAUCUACCCAAAUAACAGCCUCUUCUGCCAGGAUAUGCUUUUGCCUGCAAAGGGAUUGAGAGAGGUUUAUUUAAAGACAAAAAGGACUCUUUGAGAACAUGACUGACAUUCCACAGUGUCAAAAAGGAAAUGUGGACUGUAUUUCUUAAUACAUGCAGAUUGUGUGUUUGACUUUUUUUAUUUAUAAGGCAUUGUUUGAUCAAGGGAUGACCUCUGAAGUAGAUUUUGGUUCAUUUUGGCCAAAGUGUGUCAUUUAAAGAGUUAUUUACUCAGAUGUUUUCAGUUUUAUAUUGACCAGUAUGUUGACCAGAAAUCUCUUUCCCGUUAGCCUGUUUCAUGAGGAUGAUUUAAUUGGUUUCACAGAAAAAGUGCCUGCCGCGUAUGAGAAACGGCAAUUGUGGCUCAGAAGAAAAUUACGUAGGCCUGUUAAUUUACACUGUACGUAUUUUUACUUUCUGAAACUAUUCACAUGAAAUUCAAACCCAUCGCAGUGGAACCCUGUCUUUUUCACUGAUGUGCAAAAGUUCCAGUUUUGUGUCUAUUAAGAGUGCAAGGAGGAAGCCUUGAAUUUUUUUUUAUUCACAAUACAGAAUAAAAAGCAGCUAAUAUUUAAAGCAGAUCUUUCCGGAUCUCUGGUAUCCAUUGUCAGGUCUUUAAAAAUAAUCAAAAAGUUAUUACCUAAAGGGAAGAGCUCCCUGAAGAGACACAGCCAUGACAGAAAAUGCAGCUACUAAAAAGGCAUCACGUUUCAAUUUUUCCGUGCACAUUUCAGGGUGAAUAUCUAGGAUGGAAUCAAUCUCUCAGGAAAUCUCGUCUGUCAGGCACCUUUUCCAGAUGGAAGAGUUACCUUUUAAAAGGAGAUAGAGGGAUUGUCCCUCUAGGCUUUAGUGUAAAAGCAGUGCGGUCAAGCAGAGAGAAGGUGUCCCUGCACAGGUGAAUGGACAGAAUUUCAGCCACUUUUGGUUGUCUGCUUUUCGUCUCGUAGCUUCAGACUUGACCUGUGCCUACGAAUGAGACUCGGUCAUCACAUUCACUUCCCACUUUAAUUCUGCAGUGCUAAUUUAUGGCAUCCUACAAAGUGGUUUCAUUGUCAGGAUUUGUCAAUUUCCUACAAGGAAAGACAGGUUAGGCUCACUGAGGUACGUGAAACAAAAUGGCUUCCACACAUUUAAACGUCUAAUUCAUAGAAGUGCCCUUGUGCAUUAUCAUCUUAACCAUCUUAAGGUGGUUUGUUGCUUCAGUUUGCAAAGGUAACUACUCGGAACAUAUCUUCAGACCCCUGAGAGUGUUUAAGUUACUGCUGAACUGUGAUGGUGGUAAAUAUGGCCUUUUUAUAUCACUGCUGUUGCACAGAUUCAUUUCUUUGGAAGAGUGUGGAUGAGCUGAUUAUACUGGGCUUGUUGAAUAAAAGCUGUCGAGGAGAUGUAAAGAUCAGUGAAUCUUGGCAGUGUUCAGCAAUGGCAAAAAAAAACCCAGUGUUGAGCACUUGGAGUACUUGUGAUUUCAGUCAGGGCAGUCUGUUUUGUGUGUGUCUGUUAGUGCUCCUCAGAGCAGUGUUGAGCAGGCACUUAAAGUAACAUUGGCUGGCUCUCCAAUCAUUUAAUAUAUGGCAAUGAUCUAGCAUUCUUCCAGGGUUUAGAGCUAGAAAAAAGCCCAGAAUCCUCAAUCUUUUCAUGGGAAGGAUUUUAUCAAUAUUUUUCUCUUGCAUAUUUCACAAAUUUUGCAAUACAGGCUGCACAAAGUAUCCACUGCUCCCAGGCAUUCUGUGUAAUUUUGUGCUGUUUGUAUUAUGUGUUUUUUUUUUUAUAGCGGGUAUUUCUUUUCAGAUGCAAAUUUUCAUUGUUUUUACUUUAAAGCGUAACCAUUUGACCAUGUGAAAUGAUUUUCAGAAAAUGAAGAAAGGUUUUGCACAAUUUUGAGACAGCGAUAUAAAAAGUGGCGCUUAGGACGGCAGUUUCACUGCACAGGAUCGUAGCAUGUCUGAAGCCAGAUGAGCAGGCUAUGGAACAUGGCGGUCUUCCUGUGGAGUAGAAAGGAAAACCUGUCUUCGGGCCACCUUAUCAGUAAUGUUAAUGACACUGCUGAUGUUGUACGGAGCAGGAAAUGCUCUUUAAAUGUUUUUUGCUUGUGAUCCGUUAAUAGGAAUAAUAUUUACCUGCAUUAGUUCAGCCAGUCGUGAAAAUGUAGUAUAGUGUGAAACAUACUUUGAGAUAUGUGCACUUAAAACAUGCCC